AGGAGUUGCCCAAUGAAGAAAUCCCCUUCCUCCUCCAAAGUUUAUACAAAAAAAAAAAAAAAAAUCCGUCUCGGCGGCAAAAAAAGAAAAAAAAGGGCUAGAUCCCGGAGAACCGAUCGGGAGGUCCCGGUCAGGUCGGGCAGACGCGACCGAUGAGUUGUCGCUUCAAUAAUCAAUCCUACUUCGCAUCCACGUAUUUAUUUUUGGUUGUUAUAAACUGUGAAGCAUGGCACAAGAUAGCUGGAACAAAGAGAACGAGGAGACUGAAUGCUGCACACCGGAAGGUCCGAUUCCGUGUGCUAAUAACUGUGGCUUUUUUGGGAGUGCAAUGACCAAUAAUUUGUGCUCCAAGUGCUACAGAGACUUCAUCAUGAUGCAACAGUCUGUUGCUGCUACGCCUGUUAUAGGAGUUGAGAAGGCAGCUCCUACUGCUUCUUCCUCUGUGCAAUUGGAACCUAGUAUUGAAAAGUCUGAUAAGUUGGAUGGAGGCAAUCUGAUGAAUGUUUGCAAAGACCAAUUAGAGGAUGCUUGCAACAAGCAACCAGCAAAUCGCUGCUUGCUAUGCCGGAAAAAGAUUGGGUUGACUGGGUUUAAAUGCCGGUGUGGAGGCACGUUUUGCUCAGCUCACCGGUACUCUGAGACCCAUGAAUGUUCGUUUGACUACAAGAGCGCUGGUCGACAGUAUAUAGCCAAAGAAAAUCCCGUCGUGAAGGCAGAAAAGAUACGGAAAAUUUAAGUUGAUGUCUGAAAUUGAAAUUAUUAGGAUCAAAUGGAGGUCACUCCUAGUUUCUGAGGCAUAAGUUUGGUGUUAGUUCUCUGUUGUUCCCCUAGUCAAUGUCCUUUCCAGCGAAGCACUAGAAGUGAAGUCCUUUUCUUAUUUUUUUAUUGUAAUUAGUAGUGUCAAUGAAAUGCCUUGUAACCAUUCAUGUUUUGCUUAUUAAGUGCUAAAUGCCAUUUCUUUCUAAUAUGAGCUUUUCCCAAAGAGAUUUUAUUUGUGCCUGAUCCAUACUGGAUGCUUGUAAAUGACAUGAGUUGUUGAGGGAUGGCAAAGUGCUUCAUCUGAGUCUGAGAAGGUUCAUAUCACGAUCUUAAUUUACCAUACCUAUGAUUAAAAGUCAAGCCUGUAUGUUGAGUUU